AUGAAUUUAGGGGACCCAGAGCUUGAAUUGGUAGAUCCAACACCUAAUGUACAUUCCUUGUUUUUACACUUCGAUAAAUUGUUUUUCUGGGCUAAAUUAUCAAGCAGAGCUGUAGUACGUUGGAGUAAAAGAAUGUAUUCGUGUGCUGGAAUAUGCUCAUAUGACAGAGGUGGACUCUGCGAUAUCGCAUUGAGUGAACCAUUACUCAAAUUGAGAUCUCGUAAGGAUUUAGUUGAGACCCUCCUUCAUGAGAUGAUACAUGCUUUUCUAUUCAUCACUAACAGAGACAGAGACCGAGAUGGGCAUGGGCCUAAUUUUAAAGCUCACAUGCACAGAAUCAAUCAGGCUACAGGCUUGAAUAUAAGUAUUUAUCAUGAUUUUCAUGAUGAGGUAAAACUUUAUCAGACACAUUGGUGGAGAUGUAAUGGACCUUGUCAAUCUAGAAAACCACACUUUGGAAUUGUACGCCGGUCCAUGAACAGAGCUCCUGGACCAUCAGACUACUGGUGGGAUGACCACAAAAGAAAAUGUGGUGGGACAUUUGUAAAAAUUAAAGAACCAGAAAAGCAAGAGAAUAAGAAGCAGGUCAAGAAAAGAGCAUCUCCCAAGCCAAGUGGUGACAUCACAAAAUACAUAAACACUAAUAAUACAGGCAAAAACAUCUCUAAACCAAUAUUAAAAGAGUCAAAUAAUGUGCCAGUGAAAUCAAAUUUAGUUAAGAAUAGUAGUAAUACUGUGGUAAUAUCUAAAAAGAAUAAUAUUGUGUUUAAUCCUCAAGUGACAAAGACACCUGAUGUGUUCAGCGGUAAAGGUAAAACAUUAAACAACAGAAAUAGUACAGGUUCAUCUGAUGUAGCAGAAACGGUUAGAAAUGUUUGGGCUAAUAGAACAUUACCUACAAUAUUUCCGAAUAGUAGUUCAAAUAAUAAAAAUCAAGUUCCUAGAAUCAAUGAUACAAAUUCUCCUAAUUCUAAUAAACAUAAAGCUGAUACCUCACUUAUUAGAUCUCCACCAUUAAAAAUAAAGAAAAUCGAUGAUUACUUUAAAACAAUUGCUUCAUCAGUGUUAAAAGACUUGUAUGGACAAGAUUUUGAAAUCAAGGAAGUAAAUAACAAAAAUAAGAGACUCUCAGUAGUGGCCGUUAGUUCAGACUUAGUUGAUUGUCCUGUUUGCAUUAGCAAAAUUAGUAGCUCAGAAAUAAAUAGGCAUUUAGAUGAAUGUUUAAAUAAGGAUGUUAUAGAAAGUAUUUCUAAAAAAACAAAACCUGUGAUAGUUAUCGAUAAUGAUGGGGUCCAUGAAAUAAAAGAUAAACCACCAAAGGUAAACGGUGGGCCUCUUGAUAUAAUUAAUGUUGAUUUAAAUGCAAAUAUAAAGACUGAACCUUACUUUAAAAAUCCAAACAAAGAAAAGAUUGAUAACACAGACUUUAAAUUCCCAGCUGAAAAUGAAAUACACAUCAAAAUAGAACCUGGGACUAGUAAAGAAUUAAAAGGUGAACAAAAGUGCUCUUGUUGUGAUAAAGUUGUUGAUAAUUUGGAUCAACAUUUAGAUGAAUGCUUAGCAUUUUUUGAUAAUAAUACUACGAUACCUACAGAAGGUGCUUCAACAAGCUUUUCAACUAGUACAAUAGUUAUUGAUGAUGAUGAUGAUGACAUUUUUGAUGAAAGUUUAACGUUAAACGCUACAGGAACUAAGUCGCCUUGUCCAUGUUGUUUGAAAAUGAUAGAACAAGUUGAAAUGAACGAUCAUUUAGAUAUUUGCUUAAAUCAG